GUGCACGCGGUUCAUAAUUACUCGUACACGGACGCGCGCGCGUUCGACCGCGGUUAACGACGACGACGACGAUCACGGACGUUAUCUCAGAGAAAACAAAAAUCCCUAAAUCGUGAUAAAAUAAUAAUAACGAUAAUAAUAAUAAUUUAAAUCACAGGUCUCACGUCCGGCGAAUCGUAAACUGCAACGAACACGGUGCAUAUAUAAUAAUAUUAUCGUAUUGCACCACGCCGACGUCGCGUCCGAUCAUCGUCGUCGAUUCAACGCCGCAAAUAAUAUUAAUUGUAAACAAUAUAUUAUUAUUACAAAUCCGUUUCGGACUUGGGCCGCCGUCCAUCGAGUGCCCCCUAUUCGAUAAUUUACAGACGUCGACCGGUCUCGCGAAUCAGCCCGCCGCGGACGUCGUCUCGCCGUUGACCGAGAGACGAUAAUAUCAUAGUCGUCUUCAGUCCGUCAUCUGAUCGGUACAUCCGACCGAUUGUCAUCUACGCGCCGGAUCAACGACGACAUCAUGGACGGCUCUUGGUGGAACUCGCGAGAAAAACUGAUCCAGGUGAUGUCCAGACGGAAAAGUGACGAUGACGUACUGAUCGACCAACCAGGAAAGGAGAAAUUGGCCAGGGUCCUCAACCUGGUAGACUUGACGGCACUCGGCGUAGGGUCCACGUUGGGUGUGGGCGUGUACGUCCUCGCAGGAGCCGUUGCCAAAACGGAUGCGGGGCCGGCGGUCGUGUUGUCCUUCAUUUUGGCCGCCUUUGCAUCGGCUUUCGCAGGUCUGUGUUACGCUGAGUUCGCAGCUCGAGUGCCAAAAGCCGGGUCAGCUUACGUUUACAGUUACGUCGGCGUGGGUGAAUUCGUCGCGUUCGUGAUCGGAUGGAAUCUGAUACUCGAAUACGUCAUCGGCACUGCAAGCGUCGCUAAAGGUCUCAGUAACUACAUCGAUGCGCUGUUGGAGUACCCCAUGAAAAGGACGAUGACAAAUCUCUUCCCUAUGAAUGUCAGCUUUUUGUCCGAGUUCCCAGACUUUUUGUCAUUCAGCGUCGUGUUGCUAUUAUCGAUUUUGCUGUCAUGGGGAGUCCGUGAAUCAACGAUGAUCAACAACGUGUUUACAGUCGUUAAUUUACUGACCGUUGCCACCGUCGUUAUAACCGGUUUAUUCAAAGUUAACUUGUACAAUUGGAAUAUACCGAAACAAGACAUCCCGAAGGGCGUGAAAGGCGGCGAAGGCGGUUUCAUGCCUUUCGGUUGGGCCGGGGUGACCGCGGGGGCUGCCAAAUGUUUCUACGGGUUCAUCGGCUUUGACACCGUAGCUACAACGGGAGAAGAAGCGAAAAAACCGAAACGUGACAUCCCGUUGGCCAUCAUACUGUCGUUGUCCAUCAUAACGUUCGCAUACUGCUGUAUCAGUUCGGUGUUAACUCUGAUGUGGCCGUAUUAUAAACAGGACGCCGACGCACCGUUCCCGUACGUCUACGAUCAUCUCGGCUGGACGACUAUCAAAUGGGUUGUUUCUUCUGGUGCUAUAUUCGCACUGUUCACCAGUCUCAUCGGGACCAUGUUCCCGUUGCCGAGGAUUCUGUACGCCAUGUCCUGCGACGGUCUCCUGUUCAACAUGUUCUCCGACAUUCACCCAAAAUAUCAGACACCUCUAUUGGCCACCUUGCUGUCGGGCCUGCUCGCGGGUAUUAUGUCAGCGAUUUUCAACCUGGAACAGCUGAUCGACAUGAUGUCGAUCGGCACAUUGUUAGCGUACUCGAUCGUGUGUAUUUGCGUGCUGGUCUUGCGGUACAAGAACGACUCAGACGUGGAGUUCGUGAUCAAGGGUAACGACGAAUUGGAGACCAGCGGAUUCGUUGAGAUAGUCGUCAAGACGGUGGUAAAGUACUUUAACCUGUCCAACAUCAAAUACGCCAACGAAGAGACCGAGAGCGUGGCCACGAUCAUUACUAUGUGGUUCAUUUGCACGUCGGCGCUGUUCUGCUUCAUCACCGUCCAACAAGAAGGCACCCAAAACAGCAGUGACGUCGCAGCGUACUCGAGCGCUAUUUUGGCCAUAGGGCUGUUGCUUCUGUUGCUGUUACUGGCCAGACAGCCACAAUCGACCAAAGAACUUUCGUUCAAGGUCCCGCUGGUGCCGCUCAUACCGUGCAUGAGCAUCUUGUUGAACAUUUACCUGAUGAUGAAACUCGACAUACACACGUGGAUCCGUUUCGGCAUUUGGCUGCUGAUCGGACUGUUCAUAUACGUCUUUUACGGGAUGAAGCACAGUGUCGAGGGACGGAAGCAGUUGGAAGAGCCGAAAAAGAGACCGUCUAGUGCCGCGGCGGUGCACCCGAUUUCCAUCAUCAAGUUAUAGGACAUGCACGUUAAGUGCAUGAUAUAAGUAAAGGGGGCGAGGAGAUGUCGAUCAGAAUAUUAUUAACAUUCCGUUUCAAAAACGAAACCGACUGUCGCGCGAACGAAGUCACUUUUCAAAACUUAGUGCAAGGGGCGACUGUCGUUCGCAAAAUAUUUACACAUACCAGUAUUAUGUUAUUUACUUCUUACAAACGAAAAAUAUGUUAAGUUAUAUUAAAAUUAACAAUUAAACGAACGGCCCAUAUAAUAUUAUAAUAUUACUUUACGAAACUAGGUCGUUCUAUGAAACUAUUAUGUAAUAUUGUUGACAGUACUUAAAAUACCUUCGUAUAUUAAAUGUCUUUAAUUUUUUUUUAUGUUGUGAUAUUUAUUUAUAGAAAUACUAUUUACGUAAUUCUUUUUGUGUAUAAUAUAUUUAAUAUUAUUACAAUUAUUAAAUAAUUAAUCUUCGUUUUUCGAUAUUAUAUUAUUAUAAUAUUAUAAACCUAUUGCGUAAAAGUCGUUGAACAAAAAAAAGGACCAUACGCAUACCAGACAAUUAAUUUUCUUUUACGUUUUUAUUAUUAUUAUUUUUUAAUCAUAUUAUCAGCAAUGUUGUUUUAUUAUUGCUAUUAAUUAAUGAAUGUAUUAUGUUAUAUUAUUUAUGUUUAGUACCUAUAGUUCACGUAUGUUACGAACACAUUAUAAUAUAAUUAUUAUAGUAUUUGUAUUUGUUUAUGUGUGUAUAUAUAUAUAUAUAUUUAAUAUUAUUAUA